AAUCAAACUCCCAAGAUGGCGGCGGCGUCUGAGGAGCGGAUGGCUGAGGAAGGAGGCGGCGGCCACGGCGACGGCGGCUCCUGUUCGGCCGCCAGCUCCGCUCAGCGACAACCCCCGACACCCCCGUCGCAGGCCCUGCAGCCGGGGUCUCAGGCACCCGCCGCGCCCGCGCUGGCACCGGACCACCUGCCUCAAAACAACACACUGGUGGCGCUGCCCAUCGUAGCCAUCGAGAACAUCCUCAGCUUUAUGUCCUACGACGAAAUUAGCCAGCUCCGCCUGGUUUGUAAAAGAAUGGACUUGGUCUGUCAGAGAAUGCUGAAUCAGGGCUUUCUGAAAGUGGAGAGGUACCAUAACCUGUGUCAGAAACAAGUUAAAGCACAACUACCAAGGAGGGAGUCAGAAAGGAGGAACCACUCUUUAGCUCGCCAUGCAGACAUCCUUGCUGCUGUGGAAACGCGGCUGUCACUGUUAAACAUGACCUUCAUGAAGUAUGUGGACUCCAACCUCUGUUGCUUCAUCCCAGGAAAGGUGAUUGAUGAGAUUUACCGUGUACUGAGAUAUGUCAAUUCUACCAGAGCCCCUCAGCGAGCUCAUGAAGUCCUGCAGGAGUUGCGGGACAUCUCCUCCAUGGCAAUGGAGUACUUUGAUGAGAAGAUUGUUCCGAUCUUGAAGAGGAAAUUGCCAGGAUCCGAUGUGUCUGGAAGACUCAUGGGCUCUCCUCCAGUUCCCGGACCAUCCGCAGCCCUGACAACCAUGCAGCUCUUCUCCAAGCAAAACCCGUCCAGACAAGAGGUUACCAAACUGCAGCAGCAGGUCAAAACCAAUGGUGCUGGCGUGACUGUCCUCAGGCGUGAGAUUUCUGAGCUCCGCACCAAAGUGCAAGAACAGCAGAAACAGCUGCAAGACCAAGACCAGAAACUGCUAGAGCAGACCCAGAUCAUAGGCGAGCAAAACGCUCGGCUGGCGGAGCUGGAGCGGAAGCUCCGAGAAGUCAUGGAAAGUGCUGUAGGAACAUCCUCAGGGUCCGGGCAGAGCGAGGAGUCUCCUCGGAAACGAAGGAAGGCAACAGAAGCCAUAGACUCACUUAGGAAAUCCAAACGACUGCGGAAUAGGAAGUAAACUGGAAUAUGGCUCUAGCUCCAGAGGAAGACAUCCAUGGCUGAGAGUUUAAGCAGUUACUCCUGUCAGGAUAUCGGAGCAACAUGGUGUCCCUUAGGCUUCCAGGCGAUCAGACACAACUUACACUUGGCUCUUGUGGUUGGCAUCCUCCGCGCUUCUCUGUGGCGCUGAUGCACAGAACCCUCUUUCCUUGCAAUAGAUUUGUACUAACCGUGCCGUUCUGUCAUGUUGUGGGAGGGCUAACCAUGUUCCUGUGCAGGUGAUGUGUUACGUUUGUUUGUUUCUGCAUAUAUGCACAUUACAUGCGGAUUUUAAACAAGCCCAUUCUUGACAGACUAAAAGUUAAGUUAAUACAUAAAAUGUCCUGUUCACUUGAAA